AUGAACUCACCACGAACACCUCUCCCGUACAUCUUCGAAGACCGAACGGGCACCCUAACCCUCUCCGACUUUGACGACAUGUACGACCGCCUAUUCUACCGAGUUUCCCGACCAGUCCCCCAAAAGCCCAUCACGAUGAUAUUUAACAUGGAAAGACGCGCAUCUCGCCAUCGUGACCGGAAUAUAUCGCCAUUCCAUCAAAAUCCUCUCGCUGUGUUGGAGUUCUUACCAGAUGAAAGUCUGGGAAGGAUUUCGUUUAACCAUGGGCCAAAGGCGUUUUCGCUUCCUAUGGGGAGUUAUUUGAGGAAGACGUCGAUACUUGGGGUAUCGAGAUCCCGAAAGUUUGUCGGUGCUGAUGGUGUGGAAUACCGAUGGAACCACAGGAGUGUGCCUGGUCAUGAAUGGACGUGCACGACAGCUGCAGGGAACUACCUCGUAGCUCAUUUCAACCUCAAACCACCCCAUGAACGAGCGUAUGAUGUGUCUGGAAACACACUCACGGUCUAUGAACCUUUUGUGCACGUUGCGACAGAAAUCCUCGCCACAUUGACGAUAAUGCGCCAUAUACUGCAAUAUAAUCUGUGA